CCGCCUCUUCGAUAAAUGUGAGAUGAGCGAAGCCGUUCAAGAAGAAACAACAAGAAACGACAAAAAGAAACAAGAAGAAGAAACGUGAAGAGGAAACAACAAGAAGAAACGUGAAGAAGAAGAAGCAGGAACAAGAAGAAGCAAAAGUGUUUUUGUGAACAUGAACGUAUCCCUGCUUCUCCUGGUCCUCAUUUGGACCGUUUGUGCGGCCCGGUCUCCUUACCAGGCGGUGCUACAGCACAGCCGGAUCCGAGGACGCCAACAAGGGCCGAAUGUGUGCGCCAUGCAGCAGCUGAAAGGCACCAACAAGAAAUACUUCACCAACUGCAAGCAGUGGUACCAUCGCAAGAUCUGCAACAAGCCCACUGUGAUCACCUAUGAAUGUUGUCCAGGUUAUGAGAAGAUACCUGGAGAGAAGGGCUGCCCUGCAGCGCUGCCUCUGGUAAACAUCUACAACACGCUGGGGGCAGUGGGCGCCUCCACCACUCAGAUGUACUCCGAGCGAGCCAAACUGAAGGAGGAGAUCGAAGGUCCUGGAAGUUUCACCUUCUUUGCUCCGAGCAACGAGGCCUGGGCCGCCCUCCCCACGGAGAUCUUGGACGCUCUGGUGAGCAACGUCAACAUUGAACUCCUCAACGCUCUCCACUAUCACAUGAUCAACCGCAGGCUGACCUCAGAGGAGCUCAAACAUGGCUCCUCCUUCACCUCCAUGUACCAAGACUUCCAUGUGCACGUGCACCACUACUCCAACGGGAUUGUGACGGUGAACUGCGCUCGACUGAUCAAACCCGAUCAACAUGCCACCAACGGCAUCGUGCACGUGGUCGACCGCGUCAUCACGGCCAUUUCCAACAACGUGCAUAUGCUCAUUGACGUUGACGACGACCUGGAGACGUUGCGUACGGCUAUCGCUGCUGCCGGUCUGACCAAUAUUUUGGAGAACGAGGGACAGUACACCAUCUUUGCUCCCACCAACGAGGCCUUUGAGAAGAUUCCACCAGAGACUUUGAACAGGAUCCUGGGAGAUCCUGUGUCUCUUCGAGACCUGCUCAACUACCACAUCCUGAAGAACAUGCGCUGUGCAGAGUCAAUCGUGUCGGGGACGCCGAUGGAGACGCUGCAGGGCACAGUUCUGGAAGUCGGAUGUGACGGAGAUGAGAUGACCCUCAACGGAAAGGCCAUCAUCACCAAGAAGGACCAGCUGGGUACCAACGGGGUCAUCCACUACAUCAACGAACUGCUCAUCCCUGACUCAGCAAAAACUCUGCUGGAGCUCACCGAAAGCUCCAAUGUUGCUACGGCGACCAAAAUGUUUGUUGAGGCGGGUCUGAGCCCCCAGCUGAAGGGCGCCGAACCUUUGACCGUGCUGGCACCACUGGACGACGCCUUCAGAGGAAGUAUGAGCACGAUGGCCGACAAGAGGAAGGUGAUGACGAAUCACAUUGUUAAGGAGCAGCUGUCGUCCAAGUCGUUGUAUCACAAUCAGGAGUUGGAGACGCUGGGAGGCAUUAAACUUCGAGUGUUUGUCUACAGAAAUAACUUGUGCAUUGAGAAUGCUUGCCUCGCGGCCCACGACAAGACCGGACGCUACGGUACCAUGUUCACCGUGGACAAAGUCAUCACGCCACCCAUGGGAACGGUCAUGGAUGUCUUGAAGGCAGACGACCGCUUCAGCAUUCUGGUCGGCGCGAUCCAGACAGCCGGAAUGACGGAGCUGCUCAACCAGCCCGGAGCUUUGACCUUCUUCGCUCCCACCAACGAUGCCUUUAACGCUGUGCCACAAUCGGAAGCCAGCAGGCUGUUGCGAAACCGCCAGCAGCUGUCGUCCAUGCUCAGGUACCAUCUGGGCGAGGGGAUGUUGGUCAGUGGGGGGGUCAGCUCUCACACCAGGGUCAAACCUCUGCAGGGUGACAAGUUGGAGCUGGGCGUGAAAAACUACACAGUCUUUGUCAAUCGAGUGGCGGUGGCACACGCAGACCUGAUGGCCACCAACGGAGUCAUUCACGGUGUGGACAGCAUCAUCAAGCCGUUGGCUCCCAAGGUCGAGCGAGAACAAGCUGACGGGCCAGCGGCUGCCUCAUCCAGGCAAUCAGACUUCGGAAGCUUCAGGAAUGAUGCGCUUUUCCAGAAAGUCAUCCAAAGUCGCUCCAGCAGGACCAUGAACAGCAGUCCGUGACAUCGCCAGUGUUGGAAUUCAACCCAAAACCAGUCAAGAUGUUAAUCAGUUCAAUAUCUGAAUUCAUGCCACCGCUGCUUCACUUGAAAGUUAUUUCAUAGUUUUCUUUCAUCCUUGAAUCAUGUGCUUGGUUCUGCAUCCAACAGACCCGUUUCUUAGAAUGCAGUGUCACACUGAGCGCACUUGCCACCCCCCGCACAUCGUAAAAACAAUAAACAGUGCGUUAUAAAACCAUAAGAAAAUGAACAACAGCGGUACCCAUGGUUGAGGACCACUGCUUUAAAACCCGAAACACGCAUCCGGGUUGAGUUUCGUUCAAGCCCACAUUCAUUGCUUCAUAGCAUUGUUGCUAACUCCUCACCAACAAGCUACAGCAUGUGCUUUGCCAGCUCAUUCACUAACAACAGCAUUGUCAUUUCAAAUAAAGUUUUCCUGGUUUGUAAGUGUUGAUGAAAGGAAAACCUGAGGGUGAAAAAAAACUGUCCACCACAUUUCUUGCCCGCAGGAAAAACCUUUUGUUGUCUAUUUGUCAGUUGUUUUUGUGGACGUCAAGCUAGCCCUGACAAGUGUUUUUGUAAAAUAAAGCCGGAGUGAAAAGAUGGUGCGUGUCAUGGAAACACGAAUGUUAAUUCAGGUUCCUGCGGGAUGAUUCCAAACUUCGCCUUGUCAUCAGCCGACGUGCUGCGUUAGAAUCACUAUGUGGAUUAUGUGUUCUGUGUGUUCGCGUGGAGGUUCUGGUAGUCCACCUUCCUGUCCAAAAACAGUACAGAAAGGGUCAGAAGUUUCCAUACACCCAUCAUUAGAAUGUGUCGCAUUUAUUUCAGUCCUUUAAUGCUAUAUUUGAGCAGUCCUUUAUGGUUGGAAUGACUAGGCAGCAUAUAAAAUCUAUAUCCUCUCAUAAAUGUUUUUCAAAACAAGAUAUAAGUGCACACUAGGGUCACAAUUCUACAUACAAGUACAGUCAAACCUCGGUUUCGCUGCCCAAACAAGCACCUUAUGCAUUGCUGACCAUAUCGCCAUGAUGUACGGGAAGUACUUCUUGUCAUGCCGACCAAAUGAACCUUGAAGGUGUUCAUUUCGGAGCAGGAGCUUCUUUCUUGGUCGGCACCCUGUUAGUCCAUGGUGACGUCAAAGUGUCUUCACUGUGGACAGUCGCCACUGAUGUUCCAGAAGUUUCCAGUUCAUGGCAGGCUUGAACAUAACCUAACCAAUUUCCUUUCAUCCAAGGAUGGCAGUAUGGGUCUUCUUGCAGGCCAGGGCAAAGUGGUGGCACUCCAAAUAACGUAAUUAUGCAUGUUUCGGGCUUAAUCCUGGUUUGUGCUUCCAUGCAAGCGUUUUUUGUCGUGAGCAAGCAAUGGCAAAUAAAAACAGCAGGGGAGGCCUCCGUGGCUGAAUCGAAUCUAUUCAUUUAUUGCAAAAGUUGGUCUGAAAUUGCAGAAUGUCAAUGUCAAGCCAGCCGAAGGGUUUUGAAGGAGGGGUAGCGCCUUGAUGCAGCAGCAUAGUCUGCGCUUCAUUGGAGGGUCAAAAAUAGCCUUUUUACGGGCAUCUCCAUUACUCAUAUUUACUUGCUAUUUGUGGGUGGUAUCUACUGUCAUUCUGAUCCUGAGAAAAUUAAGAGAAAAUUAAAAAUUUUGCACCCUGUUCUUGCUUUUAAAAUUAUUAUUGUCAGUCCAUUCAGCAAAAAAUGUUGUAAUAAAUCCUUCAAGCCUUAAAAAUGAAAGUGCAAUUUCAACC